UAUGUUUAAAUUAAAGAAAAACUCAUUGAUUAAUAAUGUUCACUCAUAGGAAAGCCUGGAGUAUCACUAUUUGAAAAAUAAAUUCUAUCUUUUAGAGGGCUUCUUUAGUCUUCUACACCAUAAAAGUACAUUUAGCGAGCAGUCUCUAGUAAACCUCCAUUUAAUUCUGAUAAUACAUCCUUAUAUUGACCUCUUAAAUUGA